CCGAGCCGGGCGCCGGCCGGGGGAUGCCGCGAAGGACGGUCCCGGCGGCCUAAGGCGAGGGCACGGUGCCGAGCCCCCCGGCCCAUCCCGUCCCGCACCGCCGCGGCGGGCGAGCGCAGCCGGGGGCAGGAGGAUCCAGGCAGGCGGCGGGGGACGGCUCCCGGACCCCUCCUCGGCGCAGCGGGGUCCGCUCAGGUGCUGAAGAGGCGGCGGCCGCCCGGCCCCGCGCCCCACGAUGCCGUCCAGCGGGACCCUGGACGCCGGCAGCCCCGCGCCCAGCCGCGAGGCGCUCGACACGCACAAGGGGGAAGAGGAGCCUGAGGAGAACCCGAGCAAGGAGGAGAAGCAGGAGCCGGGGACGCCCAUGAGGAAAGCCGGGCGGCCCGGGCGGAAGCGCAAGCAUGCCCAGCAGGUGGAAAGCAGUGACACCCCCAAAGACAUCGCGGCCGUCCCUAAGUGCCCCCCGCCCCGCCCGGAGGCCAGUCCCGCCGAGCCGCUGCCCAACGGGGACGUGGAGGGGGACGCAGAGGAGGCCGCCGAGAGCCCCAAGGGCGGCCGGGCCGAGGAGGACGAGACGGAGAGUCUGCCGGACGGAGAGACGGGCCGGGCGCUGGAGAACGGCCGCUGCACCCCCAAGGAGGGCCUGGACGCCCCAGCCGAUGAGGGUGAGCUGGCCCCUUCCGACCCCCAGAAGAAACGCGGGAGGAGGAAACUCCUGGAGGCCACAGAGAAAAGCAAGGACGAGAAGGAGGAAAACAACUUUGACACCCUGAAAAUGGAGGGCUCGCGCGGGCGGCUCCGCGGCGGGCUGGGCUGGGAGUCGAGCCUGCGGCAGCGGCCGAUGCAGCGGCACACCUUCCAGGCCGGGGACCCCUACUACAUCAGCAAGAGGAAGCGGGACGAGUGGCUGGCGCGCUGGAAGCGGGAGGCGGAGAAGAAGGCCAAGGUGAUCGCCGUGAUGAACGUGGUGGAGGAGCCGGCGCGGGCCGAGGCGCAGAAGGAGGAGGAGGCCAGCCCGCCGCCCGCCCCGCAGCAGCCCACCGACCCCGCCUCGCCCAGCGUGGCCACCACGCCGGAGCCGGCCGUGGCCGACGCCGGCGACAAGAACACCUCAAAAUCCGCCGACGACGAGCCCGAGUACGAGGACGGGCGCGGGUUCGGCAUCGGCGAGCUGGUGUGGGGCAAGCUGCGCGGCUUCUCGUGGUGGCCCGGCCGCAUCGUGUCCUGGUGGAUGACCGGCCGGAGCCGCGCGGCCGAGGGCACCCGCUGGGUCAUGUGGUUCGGCGACGGCAAGUUCUCGGUGGUGUGCGUGGAGAAGCUGUUGCCCCUGAGCUCCUUUGCCAGCGCCUUCCACCAGGCCACCUACAACAAGCAGCCCAUGUACCGCAAGGCCAUCUACGAGGUGCUGCAGGUGGCCAGCAGUCGGGCCGGGAAGAUCUUCCCUGCGUGCCCUGAGAACGACGAGACGGACACAUCCAAGGUGGUGGAGAUCCAGAACAAGCAGAUGAUCGAGUGGGCCCUGGGCGGCUUCCAGCCCUCCGGCCCCAAGGGGCUGGAGCCCCCCGAAGAGGAGCGGAACCCCUACAAAGAAGUUUACACGGAGAUGUGGGUCGAGCCCGAAGCAGCCGCCUACGCACCGCCCCCACCCGCCAAAAAACCCCGGAAAAGCACAACCCAGGAGAAGCCCAAGGUCAAGGAGAUCAUCGACGAGCGCACCCGAGAGCGGCUGGUGUACGAGGUCCGGCAGAAGUGCAGGAACAUUGAAGACAUCUGCAUCUCCUGUGGGAGCCUCAACGUGACCCUAGAGCACCCUCUGUUCAUCGGGGGGAUGUGCCAAAACUGCAAGAACUGCUUUUUGGAGUGCGCAUACCAGUACGACGACGACGGGUACCAGUCCUACUGCACCAUCUGCUGCGGCGGCCGCGAGGUCCUCAUGUGUGGCAACAACAACUGCUGCAGGUGCUUCUGCGUGGAGUGCGUGGACCUGCUGGUGGGCCCGGGGGCAGCUCAGGCGGCCAUCAAGGAGGACCCCUGGAACUGCUACAUGUGCGGCCAUAAGGGGGUCUACGGGCUGCUGCGGCGGCGGGAGGACUGGCCCUCGCGCCUCCAGAUGUUCUUCGCCAACAACCACGACCAGGAGUUUGACCCACCGAAGGUGUACCCACCGGUGCCGGCUGAGAAGAGGAAGCCCAUCCGGGUGCUCUCACUCUUUGACGGCAUCGCCACAGGCCUGCUGGUGCUGAAGGACCUGGGCAUCCAGGUGGACAGGUACAUCGCCUCCGAGGUGUGCGAGGACUCCAUCACCGUGGGCAUGGUGAGGCACCAGGGCAAGAUCAUGUACGUCGGGGACGUCCGCAAUGUCACCCAGAAACACAUACAGGAGUGGGGCCCCUUUGACCUGGUGAUUGGGGGGAGCCCCUGCAACGACCUGUCCAUCGUCAACCCGGCCAGGAAGGGGCUCUACGAGGGCACUGGGCGCCUCUUCUUUGAGUUCUACCGCCUGCUCCAUGAAGCCCGGCCCAAGGAGGGCGACGACCGGCCCUUCUUCUGGCUCUUUGAGAACGUGGUGGCCAUGGGGGUGAGCGACAAGAGGGACAUCUCGCGCUUCCUGGAGUCCAAUCCCGUCAUGAUUGAUGCCAAAGAAGUGUCUGCAGCACACCGGGCACGGUACUUCUGGGGAAACCUGCCCGGCAUGAACAGGCCGCUCGCAUCCACCGUCAAUGAUAAGCUGGAGCUGCAGGAGUGCCUGGAGCAUGGCAGGAUAGCAAAGUUCAGCAAAGUGCGAACCAUCACCACUCGCUCCAACUCCAUCAAGCAGGGCAAGGACCAGCACUUCCCCGUGUUCAUGAACGAGAAGGAGGACAUCCUGUGGUGCACGGAGAUGGAGAGGGUCUUCGGCUUCCCCGUGCACUACACGGACGUGUCCAACAUGAGCCGCCUGGCCCGGCAGAGACUGCUCGGCAGGUCCUGGAGCGUGCCGGUGAUCCGCCACCUCUUCGCGCCCCUGAAGGAAUACUUUGCCUGCGUUUAGAGAUGGGCAGGAACUGGUCACACGGAGCGAGUCGGAAACAAACCCAUCCACGCCAAGAGAAGUGAACACACGGAAUGAGAGAAGAGUCAGCACCCAGAAGAGAGACGGGAUUUCGCAGCCCGACAGGAACCCAGCACACGUCUCCCCGAGCGAAAGGGGUCGGUGUCCUCUCCUGAAUUUCCAAGGGUCAGCUUUAGCCUAUUGAAAAACAAACAAAAACCACAAAAAGCAAACAAACAACGAAAACGGCAAAAAGAAAAACGAAACGGAAAAAAAAAAAAAAAAAGAAAAAGAAAAGAAACCAAAACCAUUUUUUUUGGGUAACCUUUUAAUUUUCCGCUCUUUUCUGGCUGGGUUUUCCUGUCGGUUUGGUUUCCACUUCUCGGAGCAGCGGGCGAGACGAGAUGCCGUCGCCAGUGCCGCUCUCGGAGAGGGGGAAACGGCAGCGGGAAAGCCCAGUCGGGAGGGAGGCGGAGGCGAAGGAGACCCGCUCUGCUCCGAGACCCGCUCCGAGACCACUCCGCUCCGUCCGCGCCAGCGCCUGGCCGGCCCGGCCCCGGCUCCGGCAGCGCUCGGCGGCUCCAGCGCCCGGCGGCUGAGCCUCGCUCUGUUCCACCAGCACCGCUCUCCGGUGACAUGGAGCCAACCCGGCAGGGAGGCCGGGAACACACACACCACACACACACCUUUUCUACAGUAUUUUGGGUGCCUACCACACGGAAACCUUGAAGAGUGCAGAUCCUAGAAGCCGCUGUUACCUCUUGUUUACAGUUUAUAUAUAUAUGAUAGAUAUGAGAUAUAGAUAUAUAUAUAUAUAAAAGGUACUGUUACUACUGUACAACCUGACUUCAUAAUGGUGCUUUACACAGCGGGGUGAGUCGAGACAUCAGCUUCCACGUUGCCUUACGUGCCGGGCCUUUCCGAGCGAGCGGCAGGGCCGGGGCGGCCGGGCGGAAGCGUCUCCAUCCCGAGUCAUGCAAUAACCUUUUUCUGUCCCAAACGGAAGCGCCUCGGCGGUGCCCCCCUGCCCCGCCGGCGUCACUCCACAGCGUACUGGUGCUCUUCUGCGUACGUGGCGUCCGGCAGAGCCGGUGCUGGGUGUCCUCCGGCGCCCCGGAAGCAGCAGGGGGGUCCUGCCCCCUGGCCAUGCCCCUUGCCACGGGCACUGCCCACCGGGGCGGCGCGGGGCACGGUGCUGUGGACAGGCUCUCGCCGAGGGCGGUGGCAGGGACGCCAGCAGGGCAGGGGGGACAGAGCGGUGCCGGAGCGCGGCCGGGGCGUUUCCGGCAUGGCACGGGGAUGGCUGUUGGUCCCGGACCCUGGUGCUACAUCCGCGGGGCCGGGCUGGUGGCAGGAGGGUGAUGCCCCGGUGAGCCAGGAUGGGACCCCGGCAGUGUCACCACGGCCACUGGGCCAUCACUCCCCUGCCCACGCAUGGUUUGGAGCGAGCGUGUCCCCUCGGUGCCCCGUGUGGGGUGGCCACGUGCCCCGCUGGGGGCUGGCGGGUGCCCGCGGGGACACCGCGGUGGUGGCGGCGGCAGUGUCGGUGUCGGGCAGUCCCGGCCGCAGGCGCCGGGAGCCGCGGUGUGAGCGGAGCGCGGGCAGGUGCUGGCAGUGCGGUGGAUGGUGCUACUGGUCUGGCGGCUGUGGUGCCGCGGGGUCCGGCCCGGUGCAGCCCCGGUGCCCGCGGGGUGGCCGGACCCGGUGGGGCAGGGACUGGUGCUAGGGCGCGGGGAGGCUCCCGGAGGGUCUUGGCCCGUCGCUGUCUCUUCUCUAACUGUGAAAGGUGCGGGUUCCGGGUGCCGCGCUCGCUGCGGGGUGCUGGCUAAUGGCAGUGAGCCGCGGCCUGGGCGUUCUGAGGUGCUGGGACCGACGGCGGCGACCGACGGCCGUGGUGCCCCCCCACCUCCCCUCCCUCCUGGUGCUACCAGGGGCUUGGGGGCCCCUCUGGGUGCGGGGGGCGCGGGGAGCUGAGCUGGCGCGGGCGGCCGCGGUGGGGGCACCGCGGGGCCCAGCUUUGCCGGGGAGCGAAGGUGACGAGGCGGGACGGCGCCGGCCCCGGGCUUGGGCUCCUGCCCGCUCCUGGGGCCGGAUGGCACAGGAUGGCACAGGGCCGCUGCACCGGGCACAGGUCCUGCCUGCUGCUCUGUGAGCCUGCACGGCCCCACAAUCCUGUCUGUGGGGCUGGCAUGGCCCCAGGUGUCCUGUGUGGAGCACGGUGGGCACUGUGGGUCCUGCAUGGUCCUGCAGCACUGCUGCAGGUCCUGCAUGGCUCCGGGCCACCGGCUGUGGGUCCUGUAUGGAUCCACGGUGCUGGCUGUGGGUCCUGCACAGCCCCACAGAUCUGGGUGCAAGUGCUGCAAGCCCUGCAGUGCUGUUUGCAGGCCCUGCGUGGCCUCGCCGUGGCAAACACGGGUCCUGCAUGGCCCUGCAGCAUCAUUUGCGGGUCCUGCAUGGCCCCGUGGCACUGGGUGCUGAUCCUCCAUGGCCUUGAGGUGCUGGGUGCUGGUCCUGCACGGCCCUGCAACGUUGUUGGCAGGUCCUGCAAGGCUCUGUGGCACUGGGUGCUGACCCUGCGUGGUCCUGCAGCUCCAGGUGCUGAUCCUGCACAACCCUGUGGCUUUGGGUGCUGACCCUGUGUGGCCCUGCAGCUCCGGGUGCUGGUGCUGCUCCAUCCUGUGGCACUGUUGGCAGGUUCUGCAUGGUCACAUGCUGGGUUUGGGGGUCCCAGCGGGCCCCUGGGGCCACCCCGGCCCAGCCCAGCCCUGCAGCGCUUCCUGGGACCCCCUUGGCCCUGCUGCACCUUCGGGGGGCUGGGUCCCAGCAGGUGCUGUGGCACGGGGGCUGGCCCGGCACGGUGUUGGCACAGCCCAGGCGGUGCCGGUGCCGGUGCUGGUGGGAAGCAGGUUCCUGCUGGGAACAGGUGCCGGCAGCGGUGGGGACCGUGGGGAUGCCUGGGGCAAGAGUUCAGUUUUUAACGUACCCGACUCACGUCUUUUUUUAAAAACAACCAGAUAAAUUCUGUUGCACAGCCCUAGAUGAAAACUCAAAACAACAAAGAAAGGCCGAAAUUCCUUAAGAUCCGCCGAGGGAGUGGGGACAAACACGGUGCUAAAACAUUUUAUUAAAAAUAUAUAUUGUUAAAUUAAGUCUGCUGUCUGGACAAUGACUGUUUUGUUUCUCGUAGUGGAGUUUCAAAGAGCACUAUUAUUUUACUCUUAUAUAUUAUUAUUAAAAAAAAAAACAAAAAAGAAAAAGGCAUUUUAACUUUGUACUUGAAAACUAAACGAGAGAUUUCAUGUGUUUUAGCCUAGACAUUGAAGUAGCUGACGCUUAACUAUUUGUGGGAAUCAUGUACUCAUCAUCCCGAGGACUACGCGCGUAGAGCUGGUACCCUCCUUCCUCCCUUUGAUUUGGCUCCGCCGCCACAUUCCCGGCGCCGCCGCGGCCACCCCGGCUGCUCUCCCUCCCCUUUUCCUACCCCAAGCCCGAACCCCCUGGUUUAUUUUCUACUUCUCUCUCGGUUCGUUGCCCCUGUUUUUUGUUGGUUUGUUUUUUUAGGGUCGCUUCUCUAUUUAUUGCCGCUGAACUGUGCAUUUCACGGCCGGAGGUGCCGCGGGCACCCGGCGCUGUUGUAUCUGUGUGAGUAUUGCUCGUGACAUAGCUGUUCUGAACUAAUAAAGGUCAAUGCGUGCAGCAGAUGUAGAAAGUCUGUCCGUCCCGCUUCCAUCCCAUCCUCCUUUUCUUUUUCUUUGGUGCCCAGAAGAGUAUAAUACAGACGAGCUCCUUUCUAAUGUACUUGUGCUGGAGAACACUUGAAUAAAUGUCCUGUUUUGUG